AUGGCAGUUCCAAAGCGACGACAGUCAAACGCACAAUCAGGGAUGCGAGCAGCCACUUGGAAGCGUAAAGCACUUGACGCGGCACGUAAUGCACUUUCAUUAGGAAAGUCAUUAACAACUCGUAAAUCAACAGGUUUCUAUUAUCCACCGGCUCCAGUAUCAGAGAACUGGGACGAUGAGGCAAAAGGAUUUGGUAAAGAUCUUGAUGCCGCAGAAUAA